CCCUGCCGCCAUAAAAAGUGAAUUUUCUUCUGCGUAAAAGUGGCCAACCUUGCGUUGCUUCCGAAAAAAUCUCCAAUUUUCUCGCGUUAUUGUGGUCCGUUGAAAGAUUCAUUGUGUCGACCAAGUUCCUGUCCAGUCGUUCACUGCUUGCGAAGCAAAUUUGCAAUCAAUUGAUCGUCGUCGUUCGUCACAGCAAACUAAUUUGUAUCAAUUGAAUUGCGACAUUCGCACAUUCGGUGUGCUGCUGUGGUUGCCGCUGCUCUCAUAACGUCGUCAUCAUCCCGUACCCCGCACGGACGGACGUUGUUGGGGUGGUGUGGGUGCCUCUCACUGUGACUGGGGUGACAAAUCGGUCUACUGAAGUUUUUUCCCGAAGAGAAUACAGUAGAACAUCUAGCGAGCAACCAACAGCACGGCCAGUAGUGUCGUCGCGAAUUCAUCAGAGUGGAAAGCGUUGUGUAAUUAAGUCUAUUUGCAUUUUCACGUGAUCGCAUUUCCGAACGGUGCCGGAUGAGGUUGUGGUAGAAGAAACGAGCACCUAUACCGAAAUACGAGGAUGGAUCAUCUUCAGAUAUCCACCGAUCCCACACUGCUGGGAGCGGAUUUGCCCGAGUCAUUGACGACGUCGCCUUCGGUAUCGACGUUCCUGCCGGAGGAAGACGCAUCCACAUGUUUGCUCCUGCCGGGGACACCCAGUCCGCCCUUGGAUUUCACCCAUCCGUUGACGCCCAGCAUGGGAAAUGUGGAAAACUGUGAAAAUAUUGCGGGAGACGAUCCGGCUGCAGAGACGAGCUCGUCUGGCAGCUCGGGCAUUGGAAUGGGAGGAGGCUGCACCAGUGGUGCGGGCAAUCUGUUCAACAAUCACAACGAAUACCAGCAUUUGCGGAAGAAGAGCGACGGAAAGAUGCAGGAAAAUGGGAUGGCGAAUGGAACCAUGAACAUUGCUCUAACCAAGGAUAUGCCAAGUUUUGUGCAUUGGGAUUGGCCGUUGAUACGGAAGUGCACAUUUUUCGUGUUUCUGGCCGGAAUUAUCGCCAUGGUGGCCAUUGUGGUGACCAUGAUUGCAACGCUGCCAAAGUCCUGCAACCCUUCAGUACCCUGGUACAAGGGUUCCGUUUUCUACGAGGUCUUCCCAGCCAGCUUCCAGGACACCAACGAUGACGGUCUGGGCGACAUCCGAGGCUUGAUUGGACGGGCCGAUUAUUUUCAAACGCUUGGCAUCGGAGCCGUCCGUUUGAACUCGAUUUUCCCCUCGGCACACUAUCCGGACCGGUUCCAAGAGGUGACAUCGCUGACGGCAAUCGACGAGGUGCUGGGAAAGGUGGAAGACUUGCAGAAAUUUGCGGCCGUGUUGCAUGAGAGGAACAUAUCGUUGAUUCUGGACCUGCCGAUCUAUCCAUUUGUGACUCAUUUGAAUCCCCCGAGUUUGGAUGUUGAUCAUUUGCCGAACAGAACUUCUGGUUCGGACACUCCGACGAGUGAGUUUUUGCGUCUGGCCAGAUCGGUGAAUGGGGGACAGGAAAAUGAUAUCACAAAUGUUUUGAUGUUUUGGUUGGCUAAGGGUGGUGUUGAUGGGUUUUAUAUCAAGGGUUUAGAGCAAUUUUCAGAGGAUCCUUUGUUACUAGAAAAUAUCAAGGAGUGGAAGUAUACCUUAGGAGGAGACAGGGUUUUGAUCGUAAGUAAGAGUUUCAUCGAUAAAGUUCCAGAAGCGAUAGUACGUGAUGUGCUCAACCAAGUAGAUUUGGUGGAUGUUCUGCUGGAUGUUGCUAAUGGUACGGAGGCGAUCGCUAGCACGGUUCGAGAUGCCAUUGAUGGAACGUUGCUCAAAGGAGUUGAUCAUCCGUGGGUGCAUUGGAGUUUGGGUGGAGUAAACGAGAGACGCUUGUCGUCUGGAAUGAAUUCUAAUGUGACACUUGCAGCGACUUUGAUGCAACUUAUGCUGCCGGGAACAUCGAGUAUUUUCUAUGGAGAUGAAAUUGCCUUGGCAGAAGUUCACGAUCCAAAUGAGGAACACAAGGAAACGCAACACUUGCAUCAUCUACCCGUGAUGACCUGGAGUGGAAAUCAGAAUCAAUUUACAGGACGAGGAACGUUACCGUGGUUGCCCAAGAGUGCCGCGGCAUCAUAUCAUCAUUUGGAUAUUGUACAGGAAAUGAUCGAGCUGAGGAAACGCUCACCGUCGAUUUAUUUGAAUGCGGUAGUAAAGGAAGGCCAAAUUCUACCGAAUGCGGAAGUCAAGUCCAGUAAAAAUGACAUUAUGGUUAUUCAGCGAUGGUACCCGAGGAGAAACUCCUUUGCGUCGAUUACAAACUUUGGCACAAAAAACGUGUCUCUGGAUUUGACUGCGAUGUUCUACAGUGGCGAAAUAGUUGCUGGUGCAUCCAUGGUGAAGGAGCGCGUGUAUUUUCAAAAGUUCAACGUUGGAAGCUUAGAGACUGUAGUUGUGAGAUUACAUAAGUAGAAAGCAGAACAGCGACACAAUGUUUGUUUUUGAUUGAUUUUGGAUUUUAUUUUCUGGAUUUUUUCUUAUAAAGAAGAAAAUUCAAAUAGUUUCUAACCUACUAGUAGCUUAACUUGCUAGCCUGUUCUGUACAUAUGUCAACCUUAGCUGUGUUGUGUUGAGUAGAGAGAAUGUUAAUAAAAAACUAUUUAAAAUAUCUAUAGGAAAACAUAACGAUUACUUUACUACUCCCUAGAAACAGUUCGUACUCGUUUUCUUUUGUCAGUGGUUCCCUAGUAAAACUACACGCAAUUAUCUCUCGCUCGGAACGGUAUGUUAAAAUAAAAUAAUAUUUUAAAUAAAAUUCAACGUAACCUAAACCAAUGCACGUGUGCACUACUUACACCAAAGGUUGCCUACAGUAGGUAUUUUGAGCAAAAAUGUACUAUGAUCAUAAACAUGCCCCUGUCUAGCUCACUAAAUUUCCGUGUUAACCGGGUAUCUGCUUAUCCAAAGAAAAGGUUCUCCUCACAAGCGCACUCACUCACUUCCUCGCUCGCGCUCAUUCUUGGCUCAAAUCUUUUUCACCUCUUGCAGUAACAAAUAAAUAUGGCGACUCACUUUGAGUGUAUUGUUUCUUCGAGAUUUUUGUUCCAUUUUCCAGAAUUACAAGGGCUUUUCCUCCGUGAUAGGUAGAUGAAUCCUAUUUUUACAGCGUAUCUGUCAACGUUCUAUGCGACAGAGUUCGAAUUAUUGCUUUGCAUUCACUUCUUAAAGUUUUUUCUUUAUCCUAAGUCAUUAUUAGUCUUGUCCUCCUUGUGUGUGUGCAUUCAAUUUACUCUAUCUAUUCUACAGAUUUCCUUUGACGAUUAAGAUGAACUCUACUUAGCGGGUAAAUUUGGCACGAAUUUUAUGGAAUAUUUUCGGAACAGUUUACGAUCCGGAAAGGAUUCAAUGCCAAACGGUUGAUCUCAAUUAUUCAACAAUUUUGUACCCAUUAGAUUUUUGUGUGGACCGGAAAGUGACUCUGAAUGUGCCUUGUUUCUUUUAGCUAAAAUCAAUUUACACACUUACGCUUCAAUCAGAGAACUAGGUUUGCCUA